AUGCAACCCUACUCAAGAUCUGGAGGAACCAGAAAGUGUUUCUACGAGUUCCAAACUUUGGUCGCUUGUUUCACUUCCGCUGAAACUUCCACCAAGAAGGAAUGUACUCCUUUGUUUGACGAUUACAAUGAAUGCUUGCAUGGCUACAAGGAAAGAGAGAGAACCAGACUCGUGUUACAACAGUUGAAGGACAACGAAAGAACUAAGGAAGGUGUCAUUGCCGCAGACUUAUACAAGGCUUCUGGAUCUGUCUAUGAAAACUUGGAUUUAGUAAAGAAAUAA